UUCUCUCGCGCCGCCCCCCCGGUGGCGUAUCCACGACGGGGCCCGCGCCGUGGCCCCCCCCCCUCCCCGCCCGGGGCUCCGGUUGCGUGGGGGCCCCUGGAUAGACUCUGCCCACCCGUGGGUUUGUUCCCUCCCGGCAGCCAGCUCUGCCCCCCUAGGGGUCGGUAGUGGAACGGAGAAAGCGACUCGCGGCAGAGUUCCUAUGCCCCAGCGGUUUGGCUGUGACCACCGAACUGAGGAAGCCCGUAUGUUAUGCCUUAAUGGCAACACUCUCGGAAGUAAAGUUUUUUUGUGUCAAGUCUUAGUACGGUCAAAUAGUUUUAGGCCCUAAGACAUCAUGGAAAUAACCCCUGCUACCUUGCAAGAUCUGCGAGUACACACACACAUGUGGCCAAUAUCAGACAGCAGAGUAUGGGGAGGGAUUUGGUGCCGGCUCCUCCUCGUGACCAUCUCACCACCACCUCACCACCUCACCACCUCACCACCAUCUCACCACCUCACCACCAUCUCACCACCACCUUACCACCACCACCUCACCACCACCCCACCACCCCACCUCGCCACCACCUCACCACCAUCUCACCACCUCACCACCAUCUCACCACCACCUCACCACCACCUCACCACCACCUCACCACCACCUCACCACCACCUCACCUCACCACCACCUCACCACCACCUCACCACCUCACCACCAUCUCACCACCUCACCACCAUCUCACCACCACCUUACCACCACCACCUCACCACCACCUCACCACCACCCCACCACCCCACCUCGCCACCACCUCACCACCAUCUCACCACCUCACCACCAUCUCACCACCUCACCACCAUCUCACCACCAUCUCACCACCACCUCACCACCACCUCACCACCACCUCACCUCACCACCACCUCACCACCACCUCACCACCUCACCACCAUCUCACCACCUCACCACCAUCUCACCACCACCUUACCACCACCACCUCACCACCACCUCACCACCACCCCACCACCCCACCUCGCCACCACCUCACCACCAUCUCACCACCUCACCACCAUCUCACCACCAUCUCACCACCACCUCACCACCACCUCACCACCACCUCACCACCACCUCACCUCACCACCACCUCACCACCACCUCACCACCACUGUGUAGCCGCUGCUACCUUCCCCCUGGUCUGGCUCCUCCUGCUAGUGCCUCUGAGUCGUUCUGUUCCAGAGCGAGCGAGUCCAGCGGCACCUUACGAGUUGAACUUAUUAUUAGAACUAUACGGUAGUAAAGUAAAACUUCCAUUUCACGUGAAUUGUGAACUGGAAGUUUUGAGUUCCGUUCAUAGCCACCUUUCCAUCCUAAUACCACAAACUAUGGAGGCUAUUGCAUCCUGACAUGCAGACGUGCAUCUUGGUUCGCGCCCCGCGCCAUGAACCCGCCAACUCGAGUUCGAUUCCCGGCCACGGCUAACAUCGGUGGCGAGUGACAUCAGAACCGGUUCUGGCCUCCUCACCCGAGCCUUCACCAACCCGCACUGACCAGCGUGGUGAAGUAUGGUCCAAAAAACGUCCAUGACCAACAAUGCGUGGAGGGAUGCCUUCUUCCAUUGGUUUUGGACUGUAAUGGUUAUGCACAUUUAGGAUAUGUGUGUGUAUAUACGGCAGAUUCCAAGGUAUUGUAGGGUGUGUUCCCUUGAUGUCCUUUGGCAUAUUUUAUUUCGUCCCAGGGCAGCACAUAUUCUUUUGCAGUUGGCCGAGCUUCUCAUCUGCUGGGGAGGAUACUCUUGUGGUUGUAAAGUCAUUGGUUCUUUACAAGUAGUUGUUUUAUCGUAUGUAAGAACAGGCACAUAUGAGCUGUCAAUCCUGACAGUGUUGCCGUUAAACUUUACAGGCAAAGUCCUUGUUAAAUUUCCCCAUCAAAGCAACUUGCUUGACACUGAACAUUCUAAGGGGGUGUCUUUGCUGCUUGUUAAUGAGUCACCGUGUGUAUGUGUGUGCUGCAUGUGGAGGCGGUUUUGAUUUUACAGGAAUGUUGUGCUCUUGCGUUGUUGUUAUUAUGAUUCUUACGUUGUUUUAAUUAACACUCCAAUCUAGCUCCGGCAGCAUUUUGUUUGAAUGCGGCUCUUUUUGUUCACCAUAACAAGCUGAAGGUGCAGUGAGUGUUUCGAGUUAACCUCACGAGUUUGUCAGCGUGUUCACGUGGAGCAGUGCCGCACAACUCGGGAGUAGUUUUUUGUACAACGAUGAAUUCUAGAACUUGAAAAUUGCGAGGAUUGCAUUGGCAGUGGUGCUGCGUGAGCGCCAACAGAAACAUUCGCCACGUGCGCUCAUCACGCCGCCUUGUGACAGAAACAUGCACUCCAAUUGGGCAAAGUUUUGGGCGAUGGGCCUUCGUCUCGAAGCCAUGGGUUGUGGGAAAAACCCGUUGAACAACGCCGUUUUCAGUUUACAUGAGAACAGUUUUCCAUGAGUGGACAUGGAAUCCUUCAAAAGCACAAAAUACCCAUAUAAACUGGCUUAAAUUACAGGUAGAGUUAAAACGGCUGAUUUAAUAUCAAUGUAAUCCUUAUUUUCUUUUAAGUAAGUCAUUCAAAUAUAUUUGCAGAUCAACUGCAUUUGCUUUGUAAGCAGAAUUAUAGAGUCAACCGUAAUCUAAAAUGUAUAGAGAAUUUAGUCGAUCAGCCGUUACAGUUGUUACGGCAUUUUUACCUUUGUCAAAUCUUACCGGACAAUAAAAUAUCUUCAGAUGUUAAUGAUUGCCCACUUAUAACUUCACGCAGGAGUAGACCUUUUAUAGCCAUUGCAAAAUAUUACUUGCCAUAAUACAUUCCUUCGGCACCGUUUGAUGAUUUUAUCCCCACCAUUUUAGUAUCCACGCGUGGGAAGUUGUUCAUGUGCCAGCACAAUAUAAUCAUUUGUUCAUUCUCUUAAAACAUCCACCGAGGGUGUGUAGUGCGUGUAGGCCCCGCCGUGGUGCGACGGGCGAUCUCCCAACUCCGAGUUGGCUGAUCUGUCCUCGCCGAGCGGCACAGCGGCAGCGCUGUCGCCGCUUGUCCCAGAGGUUCUUCUUUCCGUGACGCUACGCGCUGCCAGCUGCCGUGACGCUACGCGCUGCCAGCUUCACGCACGGUGGACGUCAAGGACCCCUUGACAUUCGCAAGAUUUGGCCAUUGCGUGCCGGCAUCGGGGGCCAGAUUUGACAAAUUAUCCGCAAAUGCCUUAACAUUGCUGAAUUGGGAUUAUGCAUGACAAUUAAGUUAAACUUAUCCUGGUCUCUUGAAUUCUCACCUCGUUAAACAAAAUGAAUUGGGCUGCGAAGAGAAGGGUAUUUUCCCGUGAUCUCAGGCGAGUGUGUGUUUCUGUGAAAAGGCAGCGCUGCUUUGGAAUUCUUUCCAAAGCCCAAAAUCCUCUUUUAUCGAUAUUGGGCGAGUACAUUUUAAUGCAGCCCAUUUGAAUCUGUCAAGGAGCUUGCGAUUUACUGUUUUUAAAACUCGCUCGCUCUCUACACCUUCACGUAACCCCUUUGACUUGCUGACAGGGCCAUGCUCACAUGCUGACCUGUGGAGCUGUAGAUUGGCAUGGCUUCACUUUGUCUCCUAUCGCACGUCUGAAACCUCCAAUGUCCAUUCUGCCCUUGUCUUUCUCUGCAUUACUCUUUGCCUUUUCUGAUCUCUGUUUCCCUCAGUUUGGCUUCCACAAAUUCUUAGAAACACCCGAAGCCGUAGGGCAAAUGUGCAACAUUUUCCGCAAACACAAAAAGCCAGCGCUCGGGAUUUUUCCGUAAAAACUUCGAUUGCAACGUUACGGACUUACCAAAGGGAAGAUUUAUGUACGUCAAAAAAUACAAAAUACAUUACAUUUGAGUUACUUCCAUUUGACAUUAGCUUAAUUCACAACAUUGGUUUUUCAAAGAAACGCAAAAUAUACCUAAUGUGAUAUGAAGCUAAACUUAAAUCAAAUGUAUCCAUUACAUUGCUAGUCUGGCCCUUGCUAUACCACAGUCUGACUCUUACAAAACUUGUUACUUUAACGAAUCGGCCGCCCAAGUUAAUUUCGGUGAACACUUCAACCAAAGCCAAAACCCACGACGCGCGAGGUUUGUACGUGCAUGGUCUUUCCUUCACUCGUCCUGCCGAUUGAUGAUUUUACUUCUGGUUUCUGCUGUAUCUGUUGGCCUGCGCCAAAAUCUAACCACAUUCUACCGAUCUGAUGCAUCUUCUCUUCUUGCGCUCUCUCUCUCUCUGUGUCUCUCUGUCUGCUCUCUCUGGCUCUUUCUCUCUCUCUUCUUGCCCUGCCCAGCCACAGCGGCCUCGCCUCUUCUGUCUACGACCUUCAAAACUGCAUCUCUGUGCUAAUCUAGGAGCGGUUGUCCUCAUUCCCUGCCCCCUCCUCGCCGGCUCCUCGCCGCGGUCGCGAGCCACGCCGCUGUCGUCGGUGCCCUCUCCUCUCCUCCUCCUCCUCCUCACCCCGGCUGAUCUUUGUUUUCCUGUUUUUUGGAUGGCUCCCUCAAUCCCUCCCUCCUCCUCCUCCUCCCUUCCCCUCCUCCCCUCCUGCCUCCAUCCAAAGCCUGCAUGUCACGCACCGUGCCGCUUCCCUUCUUGCUCCAAGUUCCCGUUGUUGCUCCCCGUCAUGGCUUCCCUCUCUCCUCAUCUUUCUCUUCCCCUCACUGCCUCCGCUCCUCCAGCGGUCUUUCUUUCCAUGCCUCUGCCCCCACCCCUCGUGCUUCCUCUCAUCCCCUUGAGCUCCAUGCCUCUCCCUCUCUCUUCUCUCUCUCUUCUCUCAACUCCCUGCCUCCCGCUUGCUAUCCCCACCCCCCUUCUCCACCCUGGCUCCGCGCUGCUCCAUUGCUUCCUCUCCUUUCUGCCCCUUCUCCUCCUGCCCUCCUCUACUCGAGGCUGCUUUCCUGCAUCCAUAUCUUCUUCCUUUUUACGUCGCUUCAUGUUUUUAUCAUCAUGUCCUUGUUCCUUCCCUCCCCCUCCUCCCCUCCCUCUCUCUCCCUCCCUCCCUCCCUCCAUCCCUUCCCCUACCCGCACCUGCCAUUCUGUGGACACGACUGUGGCUUGCGUGUGGCUGCGCUCUGCCCGCUCUAUCUUGCCGACUCGACCGCCUCCUCCUCCUCCUCUCUCUAGGCGGUUACGCCUCAAAGGCUCUUUAAUCUGUUCGGUAUGUCCUUGCCUCUACGUGCCCUGCAUCCAACCUCACCUGGGGGUGAUACACUCGUUCUUUAACGCCUUCACCACGGCUCGUGUAGCUUCCUCGGGAUUUGGUUAAGUUUUUUUUCUCGAUCCAGAUAUUAAAAGGUACAAAAGCGGCCCUUGUAAAAAUAAAUGCUUGGUGCUCCAGUUUACAAAUCCUGCGAGCACGCAGGUGAAUUAAUGAAAAAAAAGGAGAGAAUUCGACGCCUGCGAAUUGGCAAGAGGAAUGUAUCCGUCGUGGUGCCGGGUCGCUGGCACCUACCAGAAUACCCUGAGGGUACCGAGCCCCGUUCCUCUGUGGAGUUGCGCGCCUCCUAGCUGUGCGUGCAGCGCACCAGCUCGUGCCCAAGAGGGAGUGCUUGCGCACGUUCGCCAUCCGCCUCCGAACCCAGAUCACCCCAAUGGACGGAUGUGUGAUUAAUCUCAGAGCCCAUCGCUGCGGUUUGACGUUGAGACGUGACCCGGGCGGUCUGCGCUCCCGUGAGGGAGGCUCGCGGAUGUAAGAGGCCGCCGCAACGGCUGCGUGACAAACUGCCGAGGGCGCCAAAAUUUCCAAACCAAUUUUCUCCACAGUUGCCCGUUCGAGGCUGGGAUUGAUUGGGGCCUCGCCACGAGCAACGCGGAAUUUGUAACAGCUGAGCCGCCCCUGUGCAAAGGCACGGGACGCUUAUUAAAUAAGCGUUUAUAGAUGCCACUCAUUGGGAACGUUUGUGAAGGCCACAACGGUUUGCCGAAUGUGGCUGGCACAUUGAGGUCCACGGCCGCGGAGGCUGCGGUGUUGGUGAAGGAGUUAAAGUUUCCCGGUGGUCGUGUCUCAUCUGUUCAUCGCAGAUGCAUUCAUUGUGCUGCUAAGUACCACGGCGUGUUUGAUUAAUAGCAUGCGAGUUCUGACGGAUUUGUGUUUUUGCCUCGUUUGUGUUCGUAUUCAUGAACUCACAGUCGACCGUUUACGUUAAUUUAAAAUCGCGUGUAAAACGGCUACAUUUAUAUGUUAGCAAGCGAAUAAGAUCAUUUUACUAAGGCCGAGAAGUUGCAAUAACUUUAACAAGUACUGUGUUUGCAAGUUUGCUAACCAUUGUUUUUAUUCCAUGUGAAAGGUAAGGCUUUGAAGUAUUUAUUUUAUUUUACUGGUGACCCCGAAGUGUUUUGUUAUGGAAAUAUCCGUGCAUACUUAUCUCUUUACAGUGUUGUAUGAACAAUACGAUGCCAUUUGGAUUUAUAUAGCAUCUAUAAACAAGAACAUCUCCAUUGUGCGAUCACCAUACCAACCAGGCUAGUCGGCAACCCUCCCAGCUGAAUGUAUCCCAUAGCAACUCGUAAUCUGCCGCUACGAGGCACUUACAACUCUGGCACAAGAUCCCAGGAACCCUGCGCAGGGCUCGAAGUCGGUGAGACGCGGCACCGUGGCGCCACCGACAGCCGCGGCGCUGACGCCGAGGAUGAGUUGGGCUGCGCUAGGCCAGGCCCUGCGUGCUCUGUGGAGCGUGCGGGCAGCCACCACAGCCCUGGGGGCAGCCACCACAGCCCUGGGGGCAGCCACCACAGCCCUGAGGGCAGCUACCACAGCCCUGGGGGCAGCCACAUGCAUUGUGUGUAGGGAAGCCAGGGGGCUUGUCCCAUGGCGUUUGUAAUGUAAAAGUAUUUCCCCCUCCCACACAACAUCACCUGCAGCACACCAAUCCACAGUUUUCGGCCAAAGUCAUCAGCAACGAGCUCAAGCAGCUCCGUGAAGUAUGAUCGAAUAAUCCCCACAACCAGCGCAGCAUUUCUCUAGGACGAAGGCCAAAUCACGUGCGGGUGAUGCUCCGUAGAGCCGUCUAGUGGAGGCCUUGCGCAGCUCCAGCACUCCGCACGGGGCAGCUUCGUCGCGUGGGAAGUUCUCGCGGUAACCCGGCAGUAGCAUCGCUGUAGGCGCGGAGCUAGGAGAGGCAGGGAUGUGUACGCGCGUGUACGUGUGUACAUGUGUGUGCGUACGCGCGUGUAUGUGUGGUGUGCGUGUGUGGUGUGCGGUGUGCGUGCGUGUGUGUGUGCGCGCAUGUGCGUGUGUGUGGGUGGGGCACGCGUUGGAGGGGAGGGCGAGCGGCGAGGAGGCGGUGGCUGCUGUCCGCGCGGUGCCGGUGCUGACGUGGGUCUGC